AUGUGGCGGCUCCUGCUGGCGGCGGCGGUGGCUGCGGCGGCGGCGGCGGCGGCGGCGGCCGCGCGGGAGAUACUCGUCUGGCGCGACGAGUUCGACACGCUGGACCCCGCCGUCUGGGACCACCUGGUGACCGGCUCGCGCGGCUACAACAGCGAGUUCCAGUACUACCGCAACAGCCGCCAGAACAGCUACGUGCGGGACGGCGUGCUGUACAUCCGGCCCACGCUGACGGCGGACGAGCGCGGCGAGAAGUUCCUGUACACGGGCACGCUGUCCGACCCGGCCUGCAACCUCAGCCCCUGCGUCUCGAAGGCCGGCAGCGACAUCGUGACGCCACUACAGUCGGCGCGCAUCCGCACCAUCAAGUCCUUCUCCUUCCGCUACGGCCGCAUCGAGGUGCGCGCCAAGAUGCCGCGCGGCGACUGGCUCUGGCCCGCUAUCUGGCUGAAACCGGCACGCAACGAGUACGGCGGGUGGCCCGCCUCCGGCGAGAUCGACCUAGUGGAGUGCCGCAGCAACCGCAAGCUCACCACCGCCGCAGGCGCCUCCAUGGGCGUCGACCACGUGGGCGCCACGCUGCACUUCGGGCCCAACUCUUCCUACAACGUCUGGAGGCAGACACACUGGAUGGCGACUCUCUCCAACGGCCGUGACUUCGCGGACGACUUCCAUCUCUAUGGGAUGGUAUGGACACGUAACUCUAUCAGUUUCACGAUCGAUCAUCAGCUGAUCGGGUCGAUCUCGGCGCCCGCCGGUGGCUUCUGGAGGCUGGGCGGCUUCGAGCAGAACCCGGGCGGCAACAACAUCUGGCGCGCGGGGGACGUGCUCGCGCCCUUCGACAAAGAGUUCUUCAUCAUCAUGAACGUGGCGGUGGGCGGCAAGUUCUUCCCGGACGGGUGGCGCAACUUCCCGCGGCCCAAGCCGUGGAACUGGACGUCGGCGGCGCCGAUGCGCGACUUCUGGGAGCGGCGCCAGUGGUGGCAGCCCACGUGGCGGGGCGAGGACGCCGCGCUGCGCGUCGACUACGUGCGCGUCUUCGCCUUCCCCUACUCGUCCGUCACCCGCAGGUGACACGCCCACUCCGCGCCGCUGCCGCUUCUCCUCACGUGCCAACGCCGGCGCCCUGAAGGGCGCGCGCCACAGCUCUGACGUCUCCAGGGAGGCCCUGAUGUUACUGCCCUCUCCUCUGACAUCCUUUCUCCUGGAUUUGAUAUGGAGGAAACUCGAAAAAGACAAAUGUAGCAAACCGCUGGCUGUUGUGUAGUGUCAGUAGCCGUACAAUGAGUUUAUUGCCAUUGAUGGGCUCUUCGGUUUUCUGGUGGUGACCUUAACAAGCUGCGCACCAUAGCAGUAUGGCAUUAAAACGCAGAACCAACCUGCCACGGAACGCUACUUGGCGAGGUACACCAUCUCUACGCAACCACGUAUAAGUUAUACGUACUAUGUAGUACUAAGCCUUUAUGUUUAUCUUGGUUCGCAGUGCCAUUGUGUAACCCUCCGAGCUUAGCCUGAAGUAUCGAAUUGAAUAAGGUUAUAAUGGAACGUCUGGUCUACAACUAUAGAUGGUCAAAGUUCGAGUUAAGAACAAAAAAUCGCUUGUAAAGGGUCAUAUCAAUGUUAGCUAAUUUUCGUCGAUUCAUUAACCUGUAAAAAUGUCGACGUUUUCAGUGGCGAGAAAGCAGCUUUAGCAAUAGUGCCAGUUUGGGAGUCAUCAUAUAACCCUUUUUCUGUAGAAACCGUUUUAUGAAGCUAAGGAAGGGCAGCGUGGUAUUUAUCUGCAAGUGGUGUGAUGACAGGUAAAUAAGAACUCGACAAUACGCCACGUAAAAAGUGGAAGGCCUGAUUUAACCAUUUUUAUGAAGUAAAAUACUAUUGGUCCAUAUUUAGAGGCACAGCACCGUAACAACAGCCAUCUGAUCCAGUAUUUAAGUUUUAAGUUUCCAAUACAAACUGUCCAUACGUAUAACUGAGCUAGAAUGAAAAUGUGUCAAGAUUUUUCAUAUGACAGGAUAGAGUAAACAGAAAUGUCUCCAAAACACAAGCACUCGGUCGGCACCGGCUUCUCAAACGCGUGCGCUCACACACGACCUCGCAAAAAAAUUAACUUAAGAGGCCGACUGGAAAUCCAGAUGCAAGGUAACAUUUAGGCGAAACGUGAGAAUAUUGCGCCAACUGCAAUUACGUUACACAGUGUGAAAUACUGCUGCCCGAAACAUUGCAGGACUCAAGUGCACUUCCCUAAACCUCGGAGGAAUACAGUAAUUUAUAUUUUUUAAAACGAAAUUAAACAAAAAACAGUUGUAGCAUUACGCUUCAAAAUUGCACUUUCAAAAUUUGUUGAGAACGAUAGUGAAAAACUCAACAGAACUAGCAACUUUAAGCGCAAGAAAGCUGUAUCUCCAUUUCAUCCACACGACAAUUUCCUCAAACACACUAACCUUCUUUCGGUGACAGCAAAAACUGCAAAAUUUCGGUAUCUUCACUAGUAAAUCAAUCGUCGCUUCGAACGUGAAAAAUGAAUGAAUCGUACACUUCCGAAAGUACUGGCGUUAACCAGAAUGAAAAAUGAAGUACUUCCGGUUCAACUGCACACGAGACAUCGAAUUAUUUCAGCAUUUUUAAGUACCAUGAGGCACCAUGUCUUUAGUUUCGUGACAAAGUCACAUUACACACAGUGGGAGCUUCUUUCGGCUUAGAGUUUUAGCACUUGGCAACAACUAUGCCGCCGCUGUUCAGAGUAUCAAGUAGUCUAAGUCUGAUUCUGAGAAGACUCUGUUCCAUUUCUACCAGCGAAGCGUCCUCGGGCUUCCCCGAGAUUCUUCGCGUAUGCGGCACCCAAGUGCUCCGCCAUAGAGGCAGAAUGUCUAUGGAAACACUACGUUCAUAUAAGUAUCUACGGCUUUUGUUUAUCGCUUAAGCAUUAGUCGCUAGAGAAAAUUAGUUAUCUAGCUUAAAUAGUGGAUUAUUCUGAAAUUUAAUUCGAUGCUCAACUGCUUUCACGGAAACAUUUGCUGUAGAUGGGAUCAGAUUGCUAUCCCUGCCUUCAUCAUUCUGAGCAGUGUACACGUUGCUCCAUAAGAGAAACAUUACUUUCCAUUUAAUUUGUGCCGCUGAAGUGAAAAGGAUUACAGCUCAUUGUAGCUUUCAACUGCUGUCAGUAAAUUGUUCCUCACACUGGCCUUCUGGAGUAUACCACCCAGGCGACAGUCAUGCAACUUGGAAUGUGUAUUACCGAAAACGGUACAUGGAAAUAGUCCAGUCGGCCAUUGGUUCAGUCAGAUACACUCUCUCUGGCGUUGGGGUUGUCGCCUACCGCUAAUCGUGGGUAGUUGCCGGUCCUAACACGCAGUGGGCCGUAGUAACAAAUGAUAUCAGAAAACAAUAAAUUGCCGAGUAAUGUGAAUGAGAACUCAAGCGUAUGUGAAACAAUGUACUGUCGGAAAAUUGGAGUUAAUGUCCCACACACAUGCAGCAGACGCGUACAAUACGAUACGCAUUGUUUACACACCUUCCGAAAUCUAUAAUCCUGUUCAUUUGAAAAUCACACGACAUGGUUUUUUAAGUACAACUUUAGGUCGAUAUCAUUUAGGAGGUUUCCUACAUUUUAGAUAUGUUAGAUACUUGACGUAACCUAAACAUAUUAUAAGAAACUAGUGUCUUCAAUGUGCUGUGUUUGAAAUAUUGGAUGAGACACUCUUCGGCAUCUCAAAACGGAAAGAGCAGCCUUUUUUCAACUGCGCCAACUGUGUGAGACAACUACUUGAACACUGUAACAAAUAAUCCUUUUAGAGUGUGCCUAUCGUUUGUAGCUUGCGUCUUUUACACCUAUUCAUUAUACGAAGCACCGCAGAAUUCGGUGUCUUUGACUGUAGUUCCCACAACCCCGGCUGUCAAAUUCUCGCCUCUAGAAAUUAUCACCAUGUUGGAAAUAUAAAAAUGGAUUAAACUGUGAACGUUGAUAAUUAACUUCUCGUGAAAUAUUGCUUAUUUGAGCUCUACGGUUCAAACCCAGUAUCACCGACACGCUGUAUUCAUUAAGAUCUACAAUUACAGAUUUACUGCAGUAACACCCUUUUUCACGAAUACUAUUAAUGUUCAAAUACUGGUAAUCUACCUAUAGUUGCAGAUAAUAUUUUGUGUCCCAUAGAGAUAUUGAUAGUGCAGACCAUUCUAUGAAUAGAUACAAACUGGUGUGGCUCCGUAAACUUUCCAGUCGUAAUAAUUCGUUGUAUUCAUAUCGGAUCUCCAGCCUGAUAUGAACACAAAGAUACAAACUGGUACUUAACACUUUUGAUUUCAUUUAACAGAUAUUUUUAAUAUUUGAGAUUAGAGAUAACAUUUCAGAUGGAACUCUUUAACUAAUGACUGCUGAUCUCAGAUAGUAUGAACAGAGCCAAGUUUUUGCGUAAGCAUCGAAUACACUAUUGUUAUUACAGUUCCUCCUUUUUCUUUAGAUAGGAGCGAUGAACUACCUCAUUUAAGAUGAUAAAUUUUUUUCAUACUGUUUGUUGAUAUCAUCACGUUCGCGUUACUUUGUUAUCUCUAUUUCGAACAUUUUAAAUUUAUAUCUGAUUUCUCUUAACGUCUCAUAAAAAUGUUAAGCAACCUUACGAAUUAAAUUAAAUAAUAUUCUUUUAUAAUCAAACAACACUCCGAAAACUCUCCAUCAUAAAUUUCAUAUUCUGAGAGAGUCCUUAGUACUCAGUAGUACUCGGCACUGUACAGAUUCCUCAAGUCUACAACCCAACGUCGGUAUGUCAUGAUGAAAACUGAAAAUUCUACAUCUGCAUUGUGUGUGUAAGGGGGGAGUGGAGGGGGUAUAAGUUAAUUAAUAAUAUUCUUUCCAAGACCUGUAUGAGAGUUCUUCCCAUGACGACGAAAAGCAGUCUGAAUUGAGACGUUGUCUCAGAUUCCCAGCAGCAAGAGAAAAUAUUAGCUUGAAAGCUGUGUGAGCCUAUGUAUUAGUCCCAGUGAAGUUGACAGAGUUUAAAUACAGGGACAACCACUGCGCGGAAAUAUAGUACAAACACGUGCAUGUGCUGCCAAAUGCUUCUGCAAGAAGACUUAGUUUCGGAAAUUAUAAUUAUUUAGAGUAAGCAUUUAUGUAACAAGCAGAUAAGUGACUGCUCAACUACGAAUUUUGACAAAUUUUUAAAAAAUUAUCCAUACGUAACUAUAAUGAUAUAUAAUGUACCUCAACUGUAUGUAAGUAAAAUGACUGUGAUAUGUGU